GUCGAGUUGGAGAUUCUCACCCAUAUACCAUCAGCAACAAUACGAGUUACUUCGUAGUUGCACGACAAAGUGACCGGAGUCUGGACGACAAGUGGAGAGAAGUGGAACUGAGGAACCUCAAGCUUUUCCCCGCGGCAGCCAGCGAAUCAGCCGUCCACGUGCCAAGAGCAGCCCCCCCCGAUCGCUGCACGUUGCUGGUCAUGCCGCCAUUAUAGGUCCCUUGGCCCAGCUGCACCUGAUAAGCUCCAGGGCGCCUCCCAGGCACGGGGGUCCUCCGGCCAUUUUCCUUCGUUCCCUCGCGUCCUUGGAAAUCCACGCCCUCUGGUAGGUUGGUUACCUUUGAGUCGGUGGGUGCUUGAUUACUCCAGUACUGCGAUGGCCUGGGCCUGAUAUAAGUUGGACUCUGCUUUCUUUCACAUGGCUCCGCUGUCUUUCAAUCCUCUGGACACGCGCGCUCACACCGCCAACAUGUCUCUCGCUUCCCUCAAGGGCCUCCUCUCCUCGCCAACGAGCACCGAGUACGAUGUCGAGAAGGACUCUCGUCUGUCAAGCGACGGAGAGAGCGCCAAUGGAGAUGGAAAGCGCCGCGAAACGAAAGACACCAAGCUCAUUGACGGCCGGGUAAUAUCAGACGCCAUCAUCGGUCUUUCGGAUGGCAUGACCGUUCCCUUUGCCCUCACUGCGGGUCUCUCCGCGCUGGGAGACACCAAGGUUGUUGUCUUUGGCGGCUUUGCUGAACUCAUCGCCGGUGCUAUAUCUAUGGGGUUGGGCGGGUACCUCGGUGCAAAGAGCGAAGAAGAAUCAUAUCACGCAACCCUCAAAGAAACCGAAAAGCAAACCAUCACAGACCCCACCUCCGUCUCAGACACCAUCAACGACAUCUUCACCCCAUACGACCUCCCCCCGCACCUCGUCUCCGAACUCACAACCCACCUCACUUCAUCACCGAACCUCGCCUCCUUCCUCAUGAACUUCCACCACACCCUCCCCGAACCCUCUGACUCGCGCGCCGUCAUCUGCGCCAUCACAAUCGCCCUGGGCUACUUCAUCGGCGGCUUCGUCCCGCUCCUCCCGUACUUCUUCGUCGGGCCGACCGACGCCUUCCUCGCGCUGAAGUGGAGCAUUGCAACCAUGGUGGUUGCGCUGUUUAUCUUCGGGUACGGGAAGACGUGUUUCGUGAGCGGGUGGAAGGGCCAGAAGAAUGUCCGCAAGGGCGUUGUCGGUGGGCUCCAGAUGGUGCUUAUCGGUGGGGUUGCGGCGGGGAGCGCGAUGGGGCUGGUCAAGGGGUUCCAGGCGUGGGCGGAUAAUUCUUAACGCUUUAGUCUGCCUGGUCUGGGUUUAACUAACUAUAUUUGUCUUGCUUGAAUAGAAUGGGUGGGUAUAUUUGCAGCUAUGGUUAUGGCUUUGGCAUUGGGAGCGAAAUAAAUAUUGUAUAUACAUGGGCGGAGUUAGCUUUUUAAAUAUCAAUUCAAUACAUAACAGCUUUGACGAAAC